AUGGUGGCCCCUUCCAAGCACGCACUCGUAGUCGGAGCUUCCUCCGGCAUUGGCCUCGGGGUGGCCAAGGAACUGGCGCCUAUUGUUGCCAAGCUCACCCUUUGCUCGCGCUCGUACCCGGAGGAGCUACUGAAGACCAUCAAGGCGGACAACCCGAACGUGGAGGUUGUUCACGAGAAGCUGGACGUGUCGUUGAUGCACGAAGUGCGCAAGUUCACGACCAAGCACGCAGACACGAAGUUCGACUGGAUCGUCAUGAGCCCCGGUAUCAUGACACUCAACGGUCGAACGGAGACGGCUGAGGGUCUCGAUGUGAAGAUGGCGACGCACUACUACGGCAGAUUCAUGCUGGUUCACGACUUGCUGCAAGGUUUGAACCGCCCCGGCGUGCGUGUUCUGAACAUUCUCGCUGCUGGCCACGGAGGCGAAGUGGAUGUGAACGACCUCGACCUCAAGCACACGUUCUCCGGCAAACGCUGCGCAGACGUCACCACUCAAUACUCAGACCUGAUGGCUCAAGCCUUCUCCGAGCACGCUCCGAAUGCCUCCUUCAUGCACGCCUCGCCGGGAUUCGUGAACACUGGACUGGGUAAGCAGCUCCCUUGGUACCUGCGCGUGCCUUUCACUGGACUAGCGUCAGUGCUCGCUCGCUCCCCCGAAACGUGCGGCAAGUUCAUGGUCUCCGCUCUGCUCGACGACAACUACGCCACCGGCUGGAAGCUGCUCGACCAAAACGCGAAGGAGGUGGCCAAGACCAAAUUCCACACUGAAGAGCUCAAGGACACGGUCUGGAGCCACACGAUCAAGACCAUCGACGACAUCAUGAAGCAGUAG